CUAGCACUGAUAUAGAUCUAGCUGCUAAUCGGGAUCAAGCAUUUGGUAUUCUUAGAGGGUGUCUACGUGAGCGAGCUGGUAUGGGUGCUCUUCAAAGACGCACUAUAGCACAGAUAAAUACUAGUAAUAGCUUUAGAAAUCCUUUAAUUGCCCAUGACUAUGCAAAUACUGCUAGUAAUAAUGCA